AACCUAGGCCUUCCAUUUAUAUUGAGCAGACGGCUUAUUUAAGCUAGACGCUAGCAGCCACAACAUAAAACUUGGAGAGUGUCAGUAUUUGCUCAAAUACAAUGGGAAUAGAGGACGAAGCGGAUCGGACGCUCUUCAUAAGAAACUUAGAUGCGAGAGUGACUGAGGAGCUUUUGUUCGAACUGUUCUUACAGGCAGGACCUCUCAUCAGAACAAAAAUCCCCAAAGACUCGGAUGGGAAACAGAAAACAUUUGGUUUUGCCGUUUACAAACAUGAAGUGUCCGUGCCAUAUGCCAUGCAACUACUCAACGGGACAUCGCUGCAUGGGAGAACUAUUCAUGUGCAGUUCAGAUCAGGUAGCAGUCACAGCAGCAGUCCAGGGAACUCGCAGACUUCAAGUCCUGCAAAUACCCCAAAUCCCCAUGGCCAGAGGACCCCCAUCCAGUUCAGUUCUCCACCGUACACUCCUCCGCCUCAAAUGCAGAGGUCUUUUUCGUCUCCUGAUAAUCUGCAGAAGAAUGUCAUGAUGAGCAACAUGAUGUGGCAGCUCCAAAUGCAGCAGUUUCAGCAGUUGAAUGGCAGCUCCUCCAAGCCUCUGCAGAGGCAACCACCUGGAGGUGGAAAUUCUGGCAGAGGUGGCUCAAGGCAACACGAUAAAACCCCCUAUCGGCAUCAGUCAUCCCAGAUGAACAGCAGUGGCAGAAAUCAGCGCUACACAGAGGAAUCAAGUUCCGCCCGUCAUCAGCAACUCGGCCACAGCCGGGACAACUACCAUCAGAAUGACAGGAGUGGCAACCGACACCAUGACAGCAGAGGUGGCAACAAACAUCAUGGCGAGAGGGGUGGCAGCCGUGGCUACCAAGAUAAUAGAUGGCGACGAUAUUGAGACACAAAGGGAUUUCUGUAAAGACUUCAGUCCUUCACAAAUUUGUGGACAGCUUACUUAAAAAAAAAAAAAAAUCAUCAAUUAUGUUGACGGAUUCACAUGUAUACUCAGGUUGUUUGUACAUGAUCGAGUUUGAAGAUUUAAUAACGUAUGCCUUAGAGCCAUUUUUUGUUUACUUUUUAAGGUGUUUUUAAAUUUGUACACUUCCAUGUGAGCUUUUCCUCACAGAUGUUGCAGAUAUUUUGAGGGGAAGAACUGUAUUGUCAUGGGAGCAAGGGGAAAAAAAAAAUCAGACAUGGCUGGAAAAAAACAUGCAUUUAAAAAAAAAAAAAAAAGAUUUAGGAUAUUGGCCGGUUUUUAUGUUAUGCAAAUAGUAAUGAAAUGGUGCUCCCAGAACUUAAAAAAUUCUUCAGGUACUUUUGCAAAAAAAGAACAAAUGUUUCAGCUAAAGAUUCCACCAGCACCACUUUUACUGCCACAGGGCACCAUCCUUUCUUAAUGUUAGAUCUAUCCUUGCUCUUUGUAAAAAAAAAAAAGCAAAAAAAAAGGGCUUUAUUUUAGUUUUUUUAUUCUCAGUCUGUAAGACAACCAUUUUAAAAUGAACAUUUUCAUUCUUAUAAAGCUCCUUUUCAUUUGA